GUAUUGGGGGGCGCUAUGGGGGUGUUGGUGGUGUUAUUCGGGCAAGGAGAUGCCCACCGUACAGCAAAUGAUAAGGUGGAGAACUCUACCAGGGCCUAUUCUGGCCACCACCCGGCGGAUGACGGGGCCACUCUUGAGGGAAACGAAGUUCAAGAAGGAACAGACACUGGGGGGGGAGGGAAUGAAACAGAGGAGAAUGAAACGGAGACGGAGCAUCGUGAGCCUCAGGGGCAAAGAACAGGCAAAGGGGAUAACAAGGAUGAAAGCCAAUUGACAGAUACAAAGCCAAGGAAGACGAUUGGGGAGAGAAAUGCGCGGCAUGGGUCCGCUGCUGCUAACGCGAAAACGACAGCAACUAGCCGCCAUCGCAGAUCAGGACGCGUGAAGAGUCGUGAAAAUCUGGAAAAUCCUUCGGAUACGAAGGAUAGAGAAAAUCCGGAAAAUCCAGUGGAGACUAGGGAGAGAGAUGUGGCCAACGAGAGAGAAACAGCUGGCGAGGAAGAAAAUACCGCCGCCGGGGGAACGAAACAGAGGGAGGCAGUGGAAGUCGAAGAGGAAACUGGUGCUGAAGCGGAGAAAGCGGCAAGGGAAGGUAGGGCCAUGAGAGCGAGAGGGAAAGGGGAAGGUGAUGGAGACAAAGAGCUAGGUGAAAGGGAGGGCUCACGGCGAACUAGUGAGGAGGACGGGAAGGCCGAGGGGAAAGAGACCGGUGAACAGGAGGGCUCACAACGACGAACUGUUGAGGACGAGGAUAGGGCAGCUGUGGAGAUGAAGGAGAGUCCAGCAGUGAAAGCAACAACAGUGGCAGCAAAUACCGAGCCGAAGACCGGCAACGGCACAGAAGAGAGAGAAGGCACGCAGGGUACACAUGCUGCAGACAUGCAGGCUGUCACAGGAGAAGCAACCCAGGACAGGACUGCAGAUGCCAAGCCCGACGAACAAGUACUGGUCGAAGGACGCGCACAAGCCGAAGAUCGCGCUGCGGAGGGAAACACCACAGCAAUAGCUCAGACAGGGAGAGCAAAGGGGAGAGAUGAUAAUGCUGACCGGAGAUCUCAUGAGGGUAACAAGCAGGGGGGGGGAAAGGAUGGAAGGAACAGGAGGGAACAGAGACAACCGGAAGUCGAUGAGAAUAGGGAGCCAGAGGAGAAGGAACAAAGAGAAGAGCAUGAAGUAGGUGAGGAUAGGAGAGCCGAGACAGAAGCUGGAGAAGUUCGUCCAGAUCCCGAUGGAGGUGCAAUGGUGGGCCAAGCACAACCUGGAGGCAAAGGAGAGGAAAAAGAACGAGGUCUGGAGGAAACAGCACUCCGCGGUGAAGACCAACCUGGAGGCAAAGGAGAGGAAGAAGAAGAAGAACAAGUUCCAGAGGACGCAGUCCAUGGAGAACAGAAGGACAUAGAUGAAGAAGAUCAACAUCCACAGCGUGGUGACACAGUGCAAAGACCACGGCAUGCCAAUGGACGUGGACGACCACUCCGCGGUGACGCAGAUCGAGAAAGACCACAUCGUGAUGACACUGCAGAAGGGAACAAUGAUCAUGAUGAGCAGAGUGAACAUCAGGAGGUUAGAAGGAGGUGUGUGAAGAACAACGACAGAAUGGAGGGUUGGAAAGCGAUCAGCGGGUCCGCAGUGGAGCGCGGUGGGCGGUGGUCCGAGCACAGCCCGUCGAAUAGUCCAAGGCCGUCGGAGCGGUCCAGGCACGCGCACCUGCCACCGCACUUGCAACCUCUGCCUGACAAGGACGACGAGGAAGGGGACGAUAGAUGGUCACGGACCGUGCCCCUGGGAAGCGGAUCCACCCAGGAGUGGGCGGCUACAGAGCUGUUUGGAAGCCGCGACGGCGGUAAAGGGCAGUCGUACACCGAACUCCUCCAGAAGGGGCUCAGUGACACCGAUGGCGAUGGCGGCGUGAAUCUGUCGUUUGGACUCGGCAGCGGGAGGUCGGCAGUCAUCUCUCAAACGGUCGUCGUGAACCCCCAUCCCGACGACGAUGGCAGCGACGUGACGGCUGUUCAGCGAUCACCCAGGUCUCCAGCGCCGCUGCGGGAGGCUUCGGGGAACAACAACGAUCCUCCUAGGCAGCAAUUCCGGUCGCCGUCUGUGUGUAGGGGUGCCUCCGCUCGCCCCCAGUGGAUGCAGUCUCCGUCUCCCCUGUCCGCCGGUUUGAGUGCAGGUCGUCGUGUUGGCGAGUGUAGGGAGACGGCGCCUGUCGUUGCUGAUGUUGGUGACGCACGUGACGAAAGGGAGGUGUGGGCAGAACAACGACGGUUGAUGAGGUCAGUGCGGGAGGAGUCCAUAACUCGGGGGGUGCAGCGAUUGCGUGUUGGGGAAGACGGGCACGACGGCGAGGAAGCAGGGGCGGACGCGCACGACCCCGACUGGAACGACAACGGCGCUGAAGGUUGGGAGGACGACGCAGGCAACAUUUCGCCGUCGAAGCAGGCGGCCGCUAUGGGAGGGAGGGGCGGGAAGACGAAGUCGUGUGGCGGUAAUGGUCGUCGGGGCAAAAGGACGGCAGGCAAGGGCAGCGAUGCCGAAGGUGACGUCGAUGGUGAAGGAGGUUGUCACUUCUGGUCCGUCGACGACAUUAUAGCCCUCAUCCGGGCUAAACGUGAUCAGGAUGCGCAUUUGCAGGGGAUGGGCCACGCGUACACUCGGAUGAAGCCGCGAGAAUGGAAAUGGCUAGAUGUGGCGACGAGGUUGAAGAAGGUGGGCGUCGACAGAGAGGUCGAUCGGUGCGGGAAAAAGUGGGACAAUCUGAUGCAGCAGUUCAAGAAGGUUCAUCAUUUCCAAGGACUAACCGGGAAACAUGACUUCUUCCAAUUGUCUGGGAAGGACAGGAUGUCAAAGGGCUUCAGUUUCAAUAUGGAUCGUGCGGUUUACGACGAGAUACUGGGGUCGACCGCCAAGAACCACACCAUAAACCCGAAGAACGUCGCGGACACUGGCGCUCAGGGUGGUGUGCGUCUGUUGUCCGCCUCCUCUCCGGAUCCUGAAUCUGUGGGCGACGGGGACGGUGGUGCAGAGCACGACGACGACGACGACGGGUCCACCAAAGGUUCUUCGCAGAUGACGGGUGGCGCAGGCGGUUUCGAUAAGAGGAAGAGCACAAGGCAGCAAACAUUUGAGGCAAUGAUGGAGUGCAUGGAGAAGCACGGGGCGUUAAUGGUGUCAACGAAGGAGAGCAACAACAAACGUCAUUGCUCCAUCGCCAUACGUCAGUGCGAGGCGCUGGAAGCGGAGAUCGAAGUGCAGAAAAAACACUACGCAGCGUCAGACGAAGUCAGCAAGCUUAUGUGUCACGCCUUGCUGGAGAUAGCGAAGGCCAUCGGCAAACCGGGCGGGGGGUCACCCGCGGGGAUGGUGGCGAGGGCAGGCUACGCAGUAGGGGGGGGGGGAUCAAACGCGGGGGAAGGGGCGACGACAGGGGUGAAGGCAGGCGAUAUCCCGGGGAAGGGGGACGACGACGACCCAUUGGUGAACAGACUGCGCCAGCGGAAUACGCGGGAAGGAAUGGAGGCGGCGGCGAAGCUAUGGGUGGAUGACCUCCGCUUCUGGAACGAGAGGGAGGGAUUUGCCAUCGUCAAGUUGAUCGCAGAGGCGCGCGGUUAUCUUGUGGUUGUGGCGCGGGGAGAGCAGCCUCCACCCAUUCGUCGCAGCAUCGUCUUCCCUCACAACAGCAUCCCGCAGCACGAGAUCGCGGACGGGUCGGAGUUAAAUGCUGCGAAGGAGAGGGCGCUGAAGGUUCAGGGGAUCGCUUUGCGGGUGAUACACGGGUGGGUGUUCAAGUCUCAGAACAGGCAAAGGGGGUACCACGCGGCGUACCAGUACGCACUCAACCACGCGGCCACCGACAUCGCUCGCUCGAUGUGGAUGGGGGAGGACUGGCGUUAUUGUGUGAGUCCGAUGGUCGUCCACCACACGCUCGACAUGGAUAUGAAGCUGCCUUUGUGGUUCGUGGGCGCCGACGUCGAAGACAGGCACGAGGACGAUGGCUUGGCGGCUUAUUAGGAAGCGAGCAUCCAGCGACUGGUGGGGGCUUUCACGAGCACCGUGAUCAUUGCGGAGGCGACGGACGGCGGCCGUGUAUCGCACGA